UGGCCCCCACACAACCGUCGCGUGGGGAUCAUCAACAUUUCCACCCAUUUUGACGAAUUCUCUGUUGUUGGAACGAGGGAAAAGAAAACUCAGCAACCGUAACCGAGGGCGAUGGGGGGCUACCGUCAAAGUUCUAGCCUCCCCCACUUUGCGUUGUAUGUACGCAGUAGAGUCACACUGCGGUAUGUAAUGUGUAUGCGAGGCGGCCGCCGUUAUCGCCAUGGAGUAUAGAGAUGGGGAUGUGGGAGGUGUGGGAGGAUACAUAAAGCGGGCCAGGUCCCGGUGGUUUGGGUGUGAUGAAAGACCGGAUCUACCCUUUGGAUCUUGUCCCAUAAGCUUUGUUGCCCAUAGGACAACCACUCGAAGGCAGACAAAAUGUCCUCGACAGACAACAAGGAAAAGAACGUAGUCGAGCUCGGCCCCGUCUCGACGGGGUCAGACGCCGACGAGCAAAUCAACCACAGCAAGCCAGUAUCCAAGUUUACUCGGUGGUACCGCAGCCCUCUGUUCAACGUCAUCAUGGUCGGUCUCAUCUCGUUCACCCAGCCCGGCAUCUGGAAUGCCCUCAACAGCACGGGCGCCGGCGGCGCGCAGGAGCCGUACCUGGUUAACGGGUCGAACUCUUUGACUUUUGGCAUCAUGGUCUUCGGCUGCUCCCUCUUCUCCAUCCUCUCCAACAAGAUCGGCAUCAAAUGGGUUCUCAUCAUCGGCACCCUCGGCUACGCGCCCUACUCCGCCUCGCUCUACGUUAACAACCGCUACGGAACCGAAUGGUUCGUCCUCUUCGGCGGCGCCCUCUGCGGCAUCGCCGCCUCGGCCCUGUGGGCCUCCGAGGGCGCCAUCGCGCUCGGCUACGCCGACAUCAAAGACCGCGGCAAGUUCACGGGCAUCUGGCUCGGUCUGCGCGAGCUGGGCCAGCUGCUCGGCGCUUCGAUUCAAUUGAGUCUAAACGUGAAGAAGGAAGGCAGGGGCAAAGUAGGGUAUACCACGUACCUGGUGCUGAUCGCGCUGCAGUGUCUGGGUCUGCCGUUUGCGUUGCUGGUGUCUUCGCCGCAGAAGGUGAUCAAGGCUGAUGGGACGAGACUCGUCAAAGAUCCGACCGGGCUGAAUAAGACGGUCAAGGGCGAGUUUAACAAGAUCUGGAGUCUGUUUAAGAGGAGGCAGAUGUACCUGCUGAUGCCCAUCUUGAUUGGGUUUCAGUGGAAUAGCACGUAUUUGGGCAUUUAUAUGACCAAGUACUUCUCAGUCCGCUCCCGCACCCUCGGCUCCCUCGUCUCCGGCAUCGUCGCCACAGCCGCCAACGUCUUCUGGGGCUGGUUCUACGACCGCCAAUCCCUCUCGCGCCCGACCGUCGCCAGAAUCACCUGGGCCUUCUUCGUGAUUCUCAUGCUGGGAACCUUCGGCUGGCAAACCGCCAACGAGAAGCUCUACGGCGACCUGAAAGCGGCCGGCACCCCCAUCACGCUGGACUGGGCCAACCCAGGCUUCGGCCGCGGUUUCGCGUCCAUGGUCAUCUUGAGGUUCCUCAACGAAAGUCACUACAUGUUUGUGUACUGGCUCAUCGGCGCCUUUUUCGAUGAUCUCGAGACGUUGGGACUAGCGGUGGGUAUUGUCAGGUCGUUUGAGUCCGUCGGCUCGUGCUUGGCGUUUGGUAUUGGCGCGGCGCAGGUCGCGCCCAUGGUGAAUCUGAUCAUUGCGUUUGCCAUGUUUGGGUUUACGAUUCCGGCGACGUCGGCGGUGGUGUUUAUGGUGCCGGAGAGGCCGGUGAAUUUGCGGAAGUUGGAGGAUGAGGACGGUGGUGGUAGCACUUCUACUACUACGUCUGAGGGAGAAGCAGUGGUCGUGGUCGUGGCCGCUGCCAAGGAGGCGAGCAUUGAGGAGGGCUCUGUGGGCUCUGUGGCUGCUGCCCCUGGUUCUAUUACGGAUGGAAAGGAACGGGAUGGAGUGCAGCCGCCGGUUUAUUCGGAGCUGCAAGUAAAGUGAGGUGAAAUUAAAGGGGGCCCGGAGAAAGGAAACAACGGGACGGAAAGAUAGGAACAUGGAUGAUACCCACCUCCAAAUGGCCAUUUUGGGACAUUGGAGGUUAUACAUAGUA